AUGUGUGAAAUCCUGCUACACGUGUCAAGAAACCUUUACCAACAUGAUCUGAAGAAGACAAGAAUAUACAAUUCACUUUACAGGUAUGUGUUCUAUGACACUUUCAAUCUUCUGUCAGAUGUAUUUUUUUUUUUGUUAUAAUUCACAAAGGUUUCUCAUCACUGUGAAUGUGUGGCCUUUGGUGAAUAAUGUUCACAUUGCAGUUCAUGACAGAUAAAUCUCUGGUCAUCUUUCACACAACGUCAUCAACAUUUCACGAUCCAUCACUUAUGGUGCUUAAUUCCCAUGUUGAAGUCCAAUGAUAUGUCACAAACGUGCAUCCUAUGUCCAUUGCCACAACUUUCCUUUGUGUUCUUUUUUCUUACAACUUCAUCAAUAGCUUAUGCACAGACAAUAUUUUUGUCAGUAAUUGCUUUGCAUUUGUUUUCUUUGUUUAUUUUUUAAAUAUUUAUAAAUUGAUUCAAGUCACCAGCUCACAAGAAACCAUUUCAAGUUACUACCAUGCAAGAAAAUAAGAGAAGAUUAGAUGUGGCUGCAGGCUCAGAUGACAAAGGUAAUUUCACUUUUUAUUAAAUAAUGUAAAAUUCUGUAAAUGCCCAUUCCCCCCCUCCUUUAUUGGAAUACUGUAUACCCCCAACCCACCCCUCAUUAGAAUAUAGUGAAUACACUGCAUAAAGUACCAGGGCUCGAAAAAAGUCCCGUCUGGGGCAAGUAACUUUUUAAAUUCACUUGCCCUAUGGGCAAGGGUCUAAGCAAGUCAUCUUCCAACGAAAUCAUUAACUAAGACGAGCAAGAAGUGGCCCAGGCCAAGCAACAUUUGAGAGCUGCUUGCCCAAAGGACAGGCAGGAAUUGAAGUUUAGUCGAGCCCUGAGUACGUAUAUCUAUCUUGAAUACACCAGUAACCAGGCCAUCUGAUAAGGUGCGAUAAAAAAUCAGAAAUUCCGUGAUAUUUUCCGGGUAGAUUGUGCGAUAAGAAAGGACUACUAUGCGAUAAAUUGUCCGAUUUUUUCAGGGCUAAUUUACAUUGUUUUACCAGGUUUCAAAGGAGAAAAACCACUUUAAUGUUGUUUAACGGGCAGUUUGAAUGUAAAGGAAUAAUAAAAUAUCUAUUUUAAAACAAAGUAGUUAAAUUUGUCCGAUUAUUUUGACCCGCAAAAGAAAAAGGACACUUGCUUAAUAUUACAUGACGCCCUUACACCGCUUCAGCAGAUUUUUCCGUGAAUUUGCCCCUGAAAAUCCUGUGAAAUUUUGCUUUUUUUCUGCGAAAUAUCAGAAGCCUGUAUUUAUGGCUCCUAAUAACACCUUUCAAUAAAUAUUGGUGGUUUUUAGUUUUGAAAAAGAUGGAUGAUUGGCAUUGAAACCGUCGACUUAUAUACUGAACUAUUUGGCUAUUUUUAACAAACUGUUAAGAUUUAUUUGAUACAAAUAAUUAUUCUAGCCGAAUGGAUUUCUUCAAGGGCUGCUGGCAGUCUGCAUCGAGGAUAGCAAUAGCUCUUUGACAACAGGAUAGUGAAAUUUGGUUUUCACUGGAAGAUAUGUUCCAGUUUUCGAUUCUGUUUCAUGUUAGAGGUUUUGUUCUUAAGAAGGGGAAGAAAUUCUGAAGAACAAAUUACGAUCAUCAGUGCACUCCCUGCCUACCACCCAAAAUAAUAUUAAUAACCAUCCCUGUUGCUAAUUUAGGCAUUUACAUAAAAUACAAGCAAUUUAUUUCAUAUUGCACUAGUAGCAAAAUUAGCCAGGUUAAUUUAAGAGCGACGGUCAGGAAAUAACGACCAUCGAGUGGCAAGAGUUGAAAAAUCGAUUUCCUUCAUUUUUUGUCCAAAAAUAGCUUUUUGUUAGAUAAGUAAUCUGAUGUAAGUUGUUCUCGCAAAAAGCAUUUUAUUUUUGAGAAAAGUAAAAAAUUAUAUUAGUUUUCGUGGUGGGAGUCUCAAAGUGGCCGUAUUUUCAACCCGAAAUUUGCAAACAUCAACUCUCCUUGCGUUCGCACAUAAAGGCGCAAGGAGAAAUUUGAACACUUUCCAUCAACUUUCCAUCUUCUUCUUUCACUAGAAGAUACUUUCAAAGCAAUAUCAAGACUCGUUGAACUGACAUAGUUAAAACAUAGGCACGUUAAACGUGCAUGAGCUAUUUUGAAUGCUUUAGUGUAACUUUAAUGCUUCAGUGUAACCUUGCGAAGAGUGAUGACUCUACCUUUUUCGUCCUAAAUGUAGACUGGGUUUUUGUGCAAAACUGGGUAUUGCCAUACAUAAAUGAAAACGCAAAACGCUCAGCUGCGUCGAUCCUCAAGCCUUUUUUAAGGCAUUGGUUACAAAACGAAACAGGUCCUCAUACGUUCAAGUUGUUAUAAUUAUUGUGAAAAGCCAAUCUGCAUGAGAUGUACAGUCUUACAACUGGCACGUGAAAGUGUUGGACUUUGCCCCCUUUCGUGGUUCAUACAUGAGGGAAUUUGAGUUAUCACACGGUAAUCUAGUAAACAGAAUUAUAAAAAAUAACUCAUGCACACAAUUUGCACGUGAAGAUGUGGGUCUUUGGCCCUUUUACAAUUCGUAUGUAAAAAAACGCACAUUGUUUACUACAAAAUUUUCUCAACGAUCUUAAGAAAUCACCUCGGCUUCAUUACAACAUCUGCAGUUAAAUUAUGUUUCGUGCAACGUCAAGGUUGAUAGCCUAACAUUUAUUAACUUCCAAGAAAAUUAUCAAACUGCCGAAAUAUACUUCUGCUCAUAUCAUGUUACUCCACUCAAUAAUACAGUAUCUAAUUAUUGUGUCAACUAGCUUCUUCCAAUUUUAUUCUCUAACACUACUGUUUCUACUUAAGUUCAGGGUCCGAAAUUGCGCCUUCCUGGUCGCCAAUGCGACUGAAAAUUUAGUCCUGGCGACCAGAAUUUCAUAGCUGGUUGCCAGCUAGCGACUUGUAAAGCUGGUUGUUAUUGUGGACUUAAACGUUCGGAGAAACUGAUUAAGAAUUGAAACCUCGAAAAGCUAUUUGCCAACAGGUGUCUUCGUUUUUGUCCUGCUGAUAUUUUUUAAUUAAAAGGGAAAUGAAUCUCCCUGUAAUAAUACCUCCACAACAGCUACGAUCAAUACGAGUUGAACGUUUCCAAGCCGCCAUUAAGAGUAAUGUGGCACAAAAAAAUGUGGCCUGGUACGAGCAACAUGCCGGCUAUGUUUCGUGGUUGUUUUGUGGAUUGUUUUGUGGUAGUUAUCGGAAGAAAAUAGUUUUGAUAUGAUCCGGUACAGUCAUGGGCAGACAGCUUUCUGUUCCUACGUUCUAGAUCAGAUGGCUUUACAUGUAUAUCUCCAAAAAGUAAUUUGUGGAAAAAAUGAGACUUCACUCGUACACGUACGGUUUCUUUCUGGUAUCGGGAGCGGAAGUAUUGCAAUUUUUAAGCACAAAAACGUCCAUACCAUGCAUUUUUUAUUCGUGUUUAAACUUUUAUUUGAAAAAAAGGGAGGGGGAAUUUUUGGCGACCACAAUUUGCCCUCUGGCGACCAAAAAUUUAUACUUGAUCACCAGUUGGCGCUCGUAUUAAAAAGUUAAUUUCGGACCCUGAAGUUACUCAUCUUUACUAAAUAAAAUACAUUUCAACAACUAUAAUGCUUAGUAUGCAGGAAGGAUGUAUCAUGUUGUUCACUUAUUUUUUUGUUUUGUUUUUUGUUUUGACAGAACGGAAAAGGUCUUUGAACUUUGUAAGCGAGAGAAUAAUAUUUUUAAAGCUUGUUUACAGGAUUAACAAUACUCGGUACAGCUUUAAAAAAAAUAAGCUGCCUUUCAAACUUGUAAAACCACAUUUUAUAGGCUGCAUACUUUCAAAUUAAAGUCCAUAUCUUGAAGCAGGUGAGACACAACUCAAAAAUACGUGCCUCAGUACCGUUCGUGAUAGCCGAAUUCGGUCAGAAAUGUCUUGAAAUAGCAUCAAUGCUAAAAUAUGAACCCUUAAACAGCUGCAUCACUGUACACAGCGUUUGAAUCAUGAAGAUAUUUAAUAUAAUGUUUCCAAACACCUGUAGCCAUAAUAAAAGACAAAAAAAUUGUGAAGAAUCAAGAUGGCGGUCUCAAAGUGCCCUUGUUCGACCUUUAGCAAUGCCAAGAUCUCAUUGGUUCCUAAGCAUCAACUCAUAGUACCUUUGACCUUAUUGGCUCUUGCAACAAACAUCCGAACAUACAAAGAUACAAAGAUAUAAAGUUACAAAGUUACAAAGAUACAAAGCCACAAAGAUACAUACGCUCACACCACUGACAUAUCAGCUAUUUUUUCAAAAUAGCUCAAAAACGAAGAACAGGUUUUUACGGUGACAAAAACUUUAAUUUAGUAGUUGUUUUCUGCGGCAUUAUUUUUCCUGUGGUAUAGCUCCAAAUUUUCCCAGUCCUGGUUUAUUCACACAUUUAGACAUUCAUCCAAAGCAUACCUGAGAACUGGCUUGGGUUCCUGAAGGCAGCCUCCAAACGAAAGCAUCGAAGUCCGGUAAAUAUAGUGAAGCAUGACCAAACUAACUUAUUUAACGGCACCAGGUUUCCUCGAUCGUGAAGUAACAAGAAGAAAUAUCUUCCUGUUCCCUCAUCCUUAGCGAAUUACCAUUGUUAAAGUCCUUAUUUUUCAAUAAAAAGUGAGUACCAGAAUACUAGCGCGUUUGAUUUUUCUUCUUCAAAACUGACUUUCGGCAUCGAAAAUGUUACUCUUUCAAGAAUUCCGUUGCGUUACUACCUUGAUUCCGUGACUGUCAUUUUGACAGCUCCGUGUCUUCAAAUGUAUGUUAUGUCACGUGCAGUCAGGAAAGAGGUUGUCACGCAUUGUCGCCGGCUGGUAGAGUUCAGUGUUUCAAAGUGGCUAAAAUUGACCCAGUUUCACCUUUUUACCCCAUUAUUUGGAUGAAAAAAGCAACUUUGCAAUGGGAAAACUCACAAGAAGUACGAAAAACGAGCCUUUAGGCUGUAAAUAUCUACUUUUGUGUGUUUCGAAAUUGGAAGUGUUUACACAAUUACUGCCGGCCUACAAUGAAAAUUCCUGAACUUCGAUGCUGUCUUACACAGAUUUCCUUUAAUAACCCAAGCCAAUUCCCAGGUAUGUUUUAAGUGAAUGUCCAAAUGUGUGAUUUAAAUAGCAUGAAGAGAAUUUGGAGUUUUACCACAUGUUAAAUAUUGCUGUUGAAAAUGAGUAAUGAACUUAAGUUUUUGUCAUCCUGAAAACCUAUCCCUCAUUUUUUAAUUAUUUCAGUACGACGAGCUUCGCUAUUGCCCUGAAAGUAUCUUUUAGUGGAAGAAGAAGAAUUUUUCUGUUCACUGAAAGUGUCCAAAUUUCUCCAUGCGGCUUAAAAAUUAGGGCUGUCUGAAACUCCAACAUCGAAAACCGAUCUUCUAAUUUUUCUCACAAAUAAAAGGCUUUUGGCAGGAACAAUCUACAUUAGGUUGCUUAUCUACCUAACAGCUAUCUAUGAACAAAAAAUGAAAGGAAUUGAGUUUUCAACUCUUGCCAUGAAAUGAAGAUUUUGGUCAAUUUUUAAUUUCCUGACCGUCGCUCUUAAAUGCUUUUUCUUUUCUCUUGGACUAGCUAUAUUGACUCUAUUUGCAGCCUGCUACUAGCACAUUAUUAUUAAUAUUAUCAGUAAUUAUUAUUAUUAUUAUUAUUAGGCAGGAACCCAUCAAAUGGAGCCUCCAUCUCCAUUAACUUCUUGAGUCAACCCUUUCCCGAGUAAUAGAUUUAUAAAUAGAACAGCUUGUUUCCCACGAAAAUUUUUAAAAACCUUAGAAAACUAGAAAUUUGAUUAAUAUUGAGUCAUUUAGCCGAAAUAAUAACCUUAACGCUUAAAAAAAUUGGCUAAAGAAAACGAAUCCUGUCACAACUUCAUGACUGCAGGUAGUAGUUAAUCAUUAUGCAUGUAACAGACCAGCUUCAUGGUCUCUUAAUGUGAGACAAGCAACCAAAAUUAAGAUUAACAUAGGCAGAUUUUAAAACUCUCCACAGUGUAAUCUACCAGCUAGAAAGAAAAGAAAGAAAAUCUCUGAGGGAUGAAAACGCUAAAGUCACAUUUCACUAGGUUAUAAUUGUGUUUGGCCUGUCAACACCGAAUUUCCUGUUGUUGUACAAUAGCAGUGUCAUUUCGUCAUUGUGAUUGGCUCUUCCCACCGUUGGCGCGCGAAGUCUCCCCUGGGAACUGUCUAAUUAUAAAUCUACUCGGGAAGGGGUAGGCUCUAAGGGCUUGUAUGGAAGAUGGAGGUUCCAUUUUAUGGGCUCCUGUAUUAGGUAAGAAUACUAACCUUGUCUCGCACCAAUGUGAUUUGGGUUCCAUUCCUGCUGUUGUUGGUUUUUUCCCCCACUCUGCAAGGUUUUUCUCUAGGUACUCUGGUUUUCCCUUCUCCUUAUUUUCAAAUUUAACUCAUUAAUAACUUAUAAAAACUGUAGAAUUUAUUGUUUAAUGAGUGUCUUGAUAUCUGACAAAGACACGGCUAUUAAAACUUUAGUAAAUCUAAUUUUUGGACCAAAAUAACCCCAAAUCUAAAUUAUAUUAGUGCAAGAAUGAGUUGAACUAUAUCAGAGAUUUUGAAGCCGUUCACAAAACUUGCAGUCAUGUUUUGCCUCAAUACACUCCUGCUCAACAGUACUAAACCAACACUUUUAAAUUCUAAUUUUACCAGGAACUCAUUAACACUUUCAAACGAGUUUCUCUGAGCUCCCAAGUGUCAAAUUAUUUAUUAUCUAUUAGUAACUAAUUGCUUUGUUUAUUUAUAUUCAUGCACUGAUCAGGAUCCAAGAUAUUCAAAUCUUCGCAGGAUACAACAAGCACAUCAGAGGGUAGUGACAGCAAUACACCCCAGCUUACUACUGAUAUCAAGUCUUCUUCAAGAAAUGACACUAGGGACCCUCCUGAGCUUAAUAAAGUUCUGCCAUCCUUGGCUGACAUUAAGGCAAUAACCAAGCCAUCAAAAGAUGCUGAUCUGCCUGUUGAUAUUAUGUUACUUACAGUUACAAACUGUGAGUUCUUAGCUUGUUACAGUGAGCUAAAAAACCCCUAUAGAUGUUGGUUUGAUGGUCUUGGCUAUGUUUACUUUUCUGAUGUGGGUGAAAGUCAAGAAGAGCUGAAAGUUGCAUUAUUAAGAUGUUACAGAAAUGGUAUUGGUCCUGGUGGUGCUCUUGUGUCUGUAAAGAAUGCUGCCUCUGUGCUUAGACCCAAAGCAGUUAUUUCUGUGGGCACAUGUAGUGGCCUCAACCCUGCAAAAUCCAAGUUAGGAGAUGUUGUUGUAUCUGCCAAAUUAGCAACGUAUGCAUCAAAGGUAGUGACCAACAAUCAAGAGCAGUCAACUGGCAUGAGAAGUUAUGUGAGCAAACGCUUUCUGGAUGUCAUUAAGAAUUGUGCUGAUGGCUGGCAAGCUCCUUUUGAGAACCCUGAAACACAUCAAGUUCAAGUUUAUACUGAUGCAGAGUUUCUAAGUGGACCAGAACAAGUCAGAGCUGAGUGGCGACGUGACCAACUUGCUGAAACCAGUCCUCAGGCAAUGGCAAUAGAAAAUGAAGGAGAAGGUGAGUUGACUUUUUAAUAUGCAGCUAGUCUUAGGAGGUGUAUGCAGUCAGGUCUCUUUUAACUCUGUAGAUAAGUUUGUUGCUUUUGAUUCAGUGUUCAUUUCAAGGCAUUGUUUGAUUGUUUGCUUGUUUGGUAAUAAUAUGCUGUAAAGAUGCGCCGGCUCCCAAUGUAUGGGUCAUCAUUUCUCAGUUGUUAGAGCUCUGUCUUGUUAACACAGAGGCCAUGGGUUCACAUUCUGUCUUAUCCCCUUGCAAUAUUUUCAGGUCGAUUUGGCAAUAAAAAUACUUACAUGUAGAUUUCUGCUACAUGAACAACAAUUUUUCAAUGAUAAUAUCUGCAAAUUUAAACCCAUUGGCAAGGAUAGGUGUGGGGAAGGUACCUAGUGAAACUGGAGCAAGCCUGGAAGGUAACCAUGACAACCCUGUGAGCAACACCCUCUUAGCACUGUCACUGAGACUUUCAGUGGAGAAAUUAUGCAGAUACUCACAAAACACAGACAUGUGAAGGGAAGGGAGGGCUGGGAGCAAAAACAGCUUAGCUACUGCAUGUGAAAGCACCAUAGUAACAUGAGCAAAAUUAUUGACUUUAGGGAAAGGGCUGUAAAUAUUAAUAUGCUAAAGUCCAAGACCACCCAAGAUAUGAUUAGUGAUGGAGACCCGUACCUAAAUUACCUGUUACCACAUUUAAACCCAUUGGCAAUAGAUGGGUGUAGGGAAGGCACAUGGCACAAACAGGGGAGUCACUGGACCCUUGCGGGUACUUCCUUUUAAGAGGCUAAUAGCGAUGUGUGCUGGAUAGGGUCACAUUUUCACAACUUGAUUGAUUAUAGUGGGGUUCCUUUUUCUAAAGAGUUACUAGAAUGGAGUCGCACAUUUUCUGAUUUUGGGGUUAAGACAGUUUUUCAUAAUGUAGGUUAACAAACUUACCAGAAUGUUUGUACUGCAGGUGAAAAGUAAAGUGUUCUUCAUAGAUACAUAGAUAGGUAGAUACAUCAAUCAAAAGUGACUAUAAUAGUAAUGGUCACAUGUUUGCCCAAAAGUGACUGAGAUGGGUCUCUAAUAGGCCAGAGAAUAGACUUUAAUGGGGUAGGGGCUCUGAGAGGCCAGCCACACAUACCCAGCAAAAAUUAGCCUAAGUACGCCCCCCCCUCCCCCGUCUCCGGCCACUGGCCCAAGUUUCCCCUAAGGGCAUUUAGCACCAACCCCAAACUCCCUUGCAAUAAAAACUAAAGAAAAGCAACUCACCACUGAAGAAGAAUAGAGGUCCUAAUACCUGCCUGAAGCAUGUCUACAAGAACAAAAGUGCAAAUUGUUUACAGUGUAUAACCGCAAUCCAAACUGACACAACUGAGAAGGAGGUGGUACAUGUAGAUAUUUCCAAAUUUCACAUCCUCUACAUUCUUCAUCCAUCUUCAAUUCCAGUUUGUUUCGGUUUUUCUUUUUUAGAUUUGCAAAAAAAUAAUGUAAGCUAUAUUGAUGUAGGACUGUCUUCAACUCAUGUGACACUUUUUUUGUUGUUCUAUAGGAGUGUUUACAGCAGCAUUUGACUGUCAAAUUGAGUGGUUAAUUGUGAAAGGGAUAGCUGAUUAUGCAGAUGGUUCUCAGUUGCCUUCAGAGAGUUGGUUUUCCUGUGCCAGUGUGAUGGCAGCAUCUCUUGUUGCACACAUUUUGAGUGAGCCCUGUGUUUUUUAUUCAUGGCCUCAUUACCAAGGUAAAUAUUUCUCAUAAUGUUAUGUCCCUUUUUGGCAUGUUGUUUUACGGAAACUAGGGAUGUGUUACAGUGUACUUCCUUGAUGCCGUCAUAAGGUCAACACUGCAUUACGGGGUAGGUGCCACACAUAACAUCUUUUUAAUUAGAUUUAAUUAUAUUAGUGUAGCUUAUUGUUGUGGUUUCUUCAAGGAACCUACAAACUGUAAGAACAUUGAUUAGAAGAGACCUCUUGUCAUUUUAAACCAAAAAGAGAUUAAAGUACAGUCUUGUAACUGAACCAAAAAAGUUGUGGAUUUUGUUGUUAAAUUGGGUCCCAAUUAGAAGAACCUUUUUAGGUUGAACAACCGCCACCAAGUGUUCUUAGCUGAUGAGUCAGUUUUUCCAGCAGUUGUAUUGAGCUGACCACAAAGCUACAUGUGCAUAUGUUGUGGUUCAAUUUUAUCCCUGGUUUAAAUUUUAUUUCCCUUUGUUUUGGGGUAUGGUAAUGUAUGAUAAUGACCCCCAAAACAAUGGGAAAUAAAAUUUAAACCAGGGAUAAAAUUGAACCACAACAUAUAUAUUUUUGUUUUCUUUUUUUAACUGUUAAAACUUUACUAGUCUUGAUAUGCACUUCUAGUGACAUUAUUAGUAGCAGUUUUUUCUAGUAGAUUUCUUGAAUGUAACUGAGAGAUGUCUUUUUGUUGAAGAUGUAUCAGAGCAGAGCUCAGCCAGCAGAUCAAAGGAACAGUUACCAAGGCCCUCAGGUACCAAUUUAUGGCUCCAGUCCACACGAAUCCAGAUAUUUUUUGAAAACACAUAUUUUAAUGAGCGUAUUCACUGGUUUGGUGUUGGAGGAAGGCCACCUUGUGAUGAAGGAAGUGUGCAGUUUCGGAAAUAUCCAGAUUUGUGUGGACAGGGUCUUUGUUUAAUGCUACAUGUACAUGUAAGCAAUCCAACAUGUUACUAGUUUAAGGUACAUUUUCCGCUCAUUUUCCCUUCCUCUUGUUGUUUUUCUCUUGUUUCUUGUUGUCUUGUUUCUUUCACAUUUUUCUCUUGUUUUUGGUUUUAAUUUUUUUUUUGUUUUUUCCUGUCAUGCUUAAUGUUUUUGGAACUCUCAUAUCAGGGUUGUCGUGUAUAUUAGCUAAUAAUUGGGCAAAAUUAUUUGGUCCUUAGAAGCGGGAGCACUUAUUUGAAGGCGGGUGCUAAUUUAAACGUUUACAGUACAUGUGUUCCAAUUAAUUAAAAAAAGACCCUCUUCCCUCUCCUCUGUUUAGUUCUCUGGUCUAAUUAGCUACCAUUUGCACUCUGUUCGUUAGCUUAUUUGUUAAAUGCAUAAGGUCUUCCCACCAUUAUCCUGAGCAACGGAUGUACAGUACAAAACAACAACACUCAACAACACAGCUUCUAAAGCCAGAUGUAACGUCAAUGAUUCAGUUAAUUUGAUUUUUUAAUACUAAAUAACAAGGGGAGGCAGGUGCACUGUGAACUAACUGUAGUAUAAAAGUUUUGAAAUCUAUAAUUAUCUCAAAAAUUGAUCAACAGGUCAGCCUCGCAAAAGGUUGUUUGAAAAACCGUUGAUGUAAGAUUUGGUAAUAAACUUAACGCAGGAAGAAUCUUGCUUCAGUGUUAACCUGAGAUCAGGCUCUAUUUUUAUUUUACGCUUAGAUGUAAAUGGCCGCAAUAGAAAAACUACCAUUAUCAGUGCUACCACAAAACUUGUACAAUUAACUUCCUACUGCUCAAUGCGUUAGAGAGGAUUUAAGUUUAAAGAGAUUUAUUUUUUUAUAAACAGAUGCCGCAACUGCUUUUUUGGAGUGGAGUCAAAAUCAGCUUUGCUCAUGCUACAACAGUACCGCGAGCCAGUUAA